AACACCCAUGUCCGCCCUAAGGCCCAGACUUGGGAGACAUCAAAGAGUUCUGAUAUUAAAUUCACUCGAUGAUUAGGAGACCUUAAACCUUUGCCAACCAAAAAAAAAAAAAAAAAGUUCUUAUCAUUUCCACGACUGGAACUCAAGCUCUUCAAGGUCAACUAUUGAAAAGGAAAAUCUUUGUGCCAUUCUAGAAUCCAGAGUUUGCUUAGAUUUUGCAGUCAUGAGGUAGGAAUGGUCCAUGGGACCUAAAUAAGAAAGCAUUAAGUUAUCCAAAAACUGUGUAGGAAAAGAAAAUGAGAUUAUUUGGUUUCCUUUCCUUUGGCGUUCAACUUUAAUAUUCCCAUCUUAUCUGUCAAAUCCAUAUGGAAGCUACAGAGAACGUUAGAUUUAAAGUGAAGCAAUGAUUUAAAAGGAAAGAUCCAUUUUGCUACUUUCUUUUUGCAUUCUUAACCACAUAUCAAACUUCUUUUGCUUUACCCUUCAUAAUACCUCCCCAAACCCAUUUGGAAGACAUGGAACUAAUUCCUCAACAAGCAAUGUCUUCUUCUUUCGAUCGUCUUCUUCUUCUUCCUCCCUUCCAUCACUUUCCGCCAACAUGGAAGAUCUCAACGCAUUAGCCGCCGACUGCAUUGUCAUAUCCUGUUGCUGCCAAUGCCUGGCAUUGCAGAUCAUUCUCCUUUUGCUGCUCAAGCUUCCGUCGAAACUCGUCCGGAAGACGAGGGAGUUUGCAAAAAGGAAGCUGAGACAGAGAGAGAGGGAAGAGAAGGAGAAGAUGGUGGAUUACAGAGGAGUUGAUAGUGGAAGAAGUAGAAGAUGUAUGAGAAUUGAAGGAGAUGAUGGGUUUGGUUUGAGGAGUUGUAUGGAAGAGAUUGAGAAGGUGAUGGAGGAUUUGCAUGAGAAGGGAGAGUUUGGUUUUGGAAGCUUUUGGGGAAAGGGUACUUCAAUUUAGGUUCCUGCAGAGAUGAAGAGGAAUUUAAUGAUACAAUUGUACACUAUCAAUUAGUUCAAGUAAUUCCUUGUACAUGAGAUGAUGGCCUUUCUGUUUUUUACUUCUCUA